GCGGACCAGGGGCGGAGCGCGGAUAUUUCGGACCAUGGACGACGUGCAAGGAACUUCUAUACGGUCGCACAAAAUGCGGAGAGAACGUCUCCAGGUUUCGACCUCAUGGAGCAGUGAAACUGGCAGGCUAUGUGGCGGCGUUGAACUCCUUGUGUCUAGCGUUCUUCUGCAUCCUCAGCAUCAUCCAGUUAUCCAUGAUCGUGUCCAAGGACAAGGUUGUGCUCAAGUACACUUCAGCAGUCACGGCCAAGUUGGGCCUGGCUCUCCUCUCAACGAUGUUUGGGAUUGCAACAGCAGGGCUGUUUGCUCUACAGACAGACGACAGAGCCAACGAUUUUAUUGUCAAGAGAGGAGAGUCUUUCUACAUUCAGGUAGUCCUAAUAGUGUUAACAUUCCUGCUGUUCAUUGGGGCUCUGUAUGACAUGCUGUUCGCAAGGCGGGCUGGUGGGGACCCCACCAUUGCCUCUAGAGACCCCUCGGGCAAUGACGCCACCACCUACAACAAUCCGGGCUUCAGAGACAAGAGGUCUACUCACCCAGGGGGUAGUGUGUCAGUGACGGAUGCCAGCGGUAAGCCAUACGCCCAUUCUGGCACCAACGGUAGCAUGGCCACGCUAUCCACCACGCUGUCCUCCAAUGGGUCCACUACAGGCUCCAUCACUCGCAGCCCUCUUCGGUCCAGUCUCAAGAAACCGAGGCCUGCAGCCAACAACGGCCUCGGUAUACAGAACCCAGGCUUCAGCGGGACCUCACCCACCCUCUCUCGCAACGGCAGCACAGUCAAGAAAGUGCGGAUACAGACACACAGUACUGCCGUGUAGUGGUGCCACCGUA